AUGGUCAUCAAGUCUUUCAGCGGGGCACCCUUUGGGGUGCAGAGCCACAGGUUCGAUAUGGCUGCUGUUUAUCCCAACCAGAAGAAGUUGAGCACCUUUACGGGAGUCCCAUACUCCAAGCCUUAUUCUGUGGAGUUGUCCCACAUAGGACCUGGGACCUAUGGCUACAAGGAGACCUGCUUCAGCAAGAAGAAGCUGAUGAAGGAGGUGGGCACAGGCUGGGCCAAGGCCCAGGAAGCCACUCGGCUGACCAAGCUGCCCCACUUUCAAUACCAGGCCAUCUUGAGAGAAAAGCAGCUGCAGAAGGAAAAGCUGGGGCCUGGCUCCUACAACUUCAAAGACUUCUUAGAAGAGCUGCAGCAGAAACCGUGCAGCACCCGGGGGCUGCUCAGCUCUGGGGAAGUUCGCUUCCGAGGAUUCAUUGGGAACUACUAUCCAGGUCCUGGAAAUUAUGGCGAGAAAGGCAAUCCGUACACAAAGCUGGAGGAGAGCGCCUGGAACCGGUCUCAUUCCGAGGGACUCAUGUGCAGGAUGACCAACAAGCCGCUCCCCUUGGCUCAUCAGGGGAGUGGUCUGGCACCAUGCACCUACACCUUGAAAAGUGACAUGGAGGCAAACCUGGGCCGAUCCAUGGGCACCCGCGGCUUCUAUGACAUUUUCUCUGGUGAUCGAAACAAGCCUACUUAUGGACAUUACUCUGUGCAGAAAAUAAAGCCCAGGGAAUUGAUGAAUUUCAAGAGCUUCACGGAAGAACUUAACUCACGUCACAAUAAGAAGCGUGGGGUGUUUUCACAAGUUUCCCGCAACCCGAAAACCCCUACAGAGAGGAUUUACUGGGCCACCCUCAGCCAGUGUCCCCGAAAACUAGCCACGUCUGGUCCCGGUAUGUGGCUUCCUUCAGAGAAGGAAUGCAGAAACGUCAACCAGCCUGAGAUUAAGUCUCCAGGCCAGGCAUUGGGGUUGCUAACGUCCUGCCUCUUCUACCUGGUGCAGAACCCCGUAGGUGUGGGCCGCUACCUCAACACUUGGCUGAUGGAGACAAAGGACCAACGGCAGCGAUAUCGGUCCCUGUUCCUGGCUGGAGCCCAGCGCUACCUCUCAGACCCUGCGCGGGAUAAGCUUAUGCAGGAAAGGAUCACACCUUUUACUAAGGGGAAGUGCCCUCCAACAGUGGAUUACAAUUCAGAUCCUACUCCUUAAAGCCACACAUGGACAGCCCGCGGUGACCAGAAGGCCCAAAGGACUGAAGAUGGAUCUGGGGAUGGGAGGGUGAUAGUGGGAAUGGGGGGGUCUUGGAGAAAGGACAUAUGGGAAUGCCUGGGAGAGGGGGAGAUGUAGUGAUGUGAUGGAACCACUUUUCUGGAGACAUCUACCUGGAGGUCACGGUGCCUGCUGGGACGGCUAGGAUGAGAGAUCUUUUGUUAUGAGAUCAAUUAUCCUGAGAAUUCAAAUCAGCCAGUGACGCGAACAUGGGAGCCAGACAGUGGAUGAACUAAAAAGGUGGAACGCGAUUGACACUUUUGGAACCCCUUUCUAUAAAGCCAAGGUGCUUAACUCCCUGUUCAUUAAAAUCCAAAGAGGCGGGAGAGUGUGGCAUAUGUCAUAAGGCAGCUCUAGGUCCCCUCCAGGAGUACUUCAUCUCCACCCCAGGAUGCUUCUGGAAGCUCAGCAGGGCCUCCUGCUAUGAGGAGGCUGCUGACCUCCAGGCAAUGUGCAGCCAUUGGGAACAAUUAGUUUCAUCCCUGGAGUCAGGCCUCAUGGGCACACCAGUGUAGCAUAAAGUUUUGUCUGUAGGCUUUGGCCACAGUGUUCUGAGCUGCUUCCCAUACUGUUGUUUGUCAGUGAGACUGAAGAGGAUGGCAGAAGCAUAUUGUCCCUAGAGAAAAGGAGACCGAGGCACCACAGCCUCAGCCAAAAAACUCACAUAAAGAAAAAGAAAAAUACUUUGAAUACUUCUUCAGAGCUUGAGUGCCUUACAGAAAGCAGUACUUUCUCACUCAGGUCAAAAUAACUAUUUUGGAAGAAGUAAAACUGUCUUUAUUCAUAAACAUGUCAUCUAUGUAAAAAAUCAUACUGAAUCCUCAAAAAAGGAACGAUGAGCCAAAAUAGAUACAAACUAGAGCUAAUAAGUCAG